AUACAGUGGUAAUAAGCUGACGAGUGAGUCCUGCCUCCUGCUUUCAACUUUCUUUUCAUAUUCAUUUCGUUUUCUCAGAAUCGAAAUUCAAAAAAUUCAUGAUGUCUGAAACCGAGUUCCAUGGUUCAAGCUCUGUUGCUGCUGCUUCUACUACUACUACUACUACUCCAUUAUUACCCCAUUAUCACUCUCAGCAUCAGCAACACCAAUUCCUUAGCCAUGGGAGUGUGACUGUGAACCCUCAGCCUCAGCCGCAGCAUCAACAACACCAACAAAGCCUUUCACUUGCACAGAGAAUGCAAGCAGACACAUGCUUCCGCUGCCAUCAGCAAGGUCACUGGGCUAUAUAUUGUCCCUUCAAAACCCCACCCAGCAAAUCUGAGCCGUCCACUUCCACUCCCAGCCCCACCAGAGCUCUUGAUCUCCCCCUCCUUCGCUGCCGUUGUGGCCGGUACUGUCUCAUUCGGGUUGCUCAAACCGACAAGAACCCCGGCAGGAAGUUCUACACUUGCCCUGGUGUUAAUGGUACCAAAUGUAAGUUCUUUAAGUGGUGUGACGAAGUCAAAACAAAUGGUGGAGCCAAAACGUGUUUUUGUCGAGCUGGGCCCUGUGCAUGGGAUAUGAUGACAAGUGGUCCCAAUGCGGGUCGGGGCUACUUUGUCUGCAGAGUCCCCAAGGGACAAGGAGCUUGUCAUUUCCUUCAAUGGGAGGAUACUCAAGAAAUUACCACAAUUAAUGAUCUUGUAGAUGAAAGCAAACAUGGCAUAUCUGUAGAUUCUACUUCAACAAGCCAUGAGUUAGUCACUAAAAUGGGUGAUUUGAGUAUUAAUAAUUUAAAGAGGAAGUUUGAUUCACUAGAGAUGGAAAAUCCUCAACAUCUCCCAACUUCUGUGGCUGUACAUGAACAUUUUGAGAAAGAUCAAGAGCCUGUCAUAGAGAGGAGUGAACAUGAUGAGACUUCAGAGAAUUUAACAUCUACAAAGUAUAUUGAUCCAUCACGAGUUGAGGACUCUUCAAAUCUCCAAGACCUAGUUGUGCUGGAGGUUGAGUUGAGUUCCAUUAUGAAGAAAUCACUCCUAACUACCCAUCUGACAUCUCAGGCUGAGAUUCAUUGCGGACAGGCUGAGUUCUGGAGGCAGAUUACUGCUGCUGGAGACACUUCUACUGAAGUGACAGAUUGUAUAAGUCAAAUUUUAGGACUUCAUAUUCUGGGUUGGUUGGGCCGGCUUGCUUUCCCUCCUCCUCGAUGUUUAUUAGUUCUUCCACCUCGGCCUCUCUCUUGCGGUGUUUUCCCUAAUUUUGAUUCCAUAUCUGUUCCUCGAGAUAAAGAUGUGUCCAAUUGUGAAGGCUCUGCUGACCUGCAUCAUAGCCCUUCAAUUGUUGAAUUUGAUGAGACAUCAUCACAAAUAUCUUGUCGUGACACUCAGUCUUCGAGUGAAUUGUCAAUCCCCAAGAGUCCUCCUGCUUUGCUAAAAGGCAGCGUAACAACUUUAAACGUGGAUGUGCUUGAGCAGACAGUGUUGCAUGUUCAAAAUCAGCUUCUUACCCAUCUCGAAUCAAUGAAUCCGCUUGAACACGAGUCCAUGACACAGGUGGUGGAAUCUACUUUUAUCGUUUUGGAUCGUCUAUUAGUUAAUUAUACACCUUUUCAAGAGCGUGUGAAGGAGUUCAUUGCCUGUGCAUCAUCAUUUGCUGAUAUAGAGCAGUCUAUCAACAACGAACAUUCUUUUCAAGAGUUGAUGGAGCGGUACCAUAGUGAGAAAGUAAGGUAUGAUGAUAUUUCUCGCAUCCACGAUGAAAUAAUGACCGCAUUUACAGACACCAAUCAGCGUCUUCACUCACUUCGUGAAGAGGCUUCCUGUGUCAAAGAGUUGCUUCUUCGAAUUGAGAAUCAAUUGUCCAGUUGUGAGGCUGAGACGAAGGAGCUAGAGACUCGUGUAGGUGAUGUUUCUAGGGAUAUGUUGGAGUCUCAAAAGAGUUUGCAGACUGCAUCUCAGGAAGCAGAAGAGGCAACAAAACUUUGUCAUCAAAGGGAGCAAAAGCGUAAUGCAGCCAAGGCAGCCUUAGAGAUGGCAAGGAUUAAGCUUCGGCAGUGAUUGUAUAUUAACCAUUCUCAAUGUAAAAUACAACAAUGGUGUUUAUAUAUGUAGAUUAUGCUGUAUGAUAGUGUAGAUUGAUGAGUCUCCUUAGUCCUUUCCCCCUUUUCUCUUUCAAGGUAGAAACGCUAACCAACUUUUUGCAAGGUUGGUAACUGAAUAUAGCUCAUGAAAGAAUUUGUUCUAAAUUACUCGCUUAUACACACAUGCAAACCGUUCUCUGACCUGUGCUUUUGGUCUUGUUUGAACUUUGAACACAAUGAUUGUAUAUAGUUGUUUCCAUUA